AAUACUGUUUCAACUAAUUUAUCCAAAAAAAAAAAAAUGUCAAUUUCUGUAAUCAGCUAGGUAUUUAAGUGUCAGUAGUUUCUUCUCCGGCCCUUUCACCUCCUAGUGCUACUCCUCUCCGCCGCCGCCACCGGCGUUGUUAUUCAGCUCCAGAAUAUUUUGAUCUAUUUUUGCGAUUAACUUGAGGAUUAGUGAUUCCUGAUCCACCGGAAAAAAAUUCACAUCAAACGGAGUUUCAAAUUGAAUAGAUUGAUCAUUGGCAGAUAUGAAUUCACGAAGGGAACGUGGCAAUAGAGCUGCUCUAUUUGAUGGAAUUGAGGAAGGUGGCAUAAGGGCUUCGUCAUCAUACUCUUCGCACGAAAUUGAUGAACAAGAGAAUGAGAGGGCAAUUGAUGGGCUGCAAGAUAGAGUUAGUUUUCUCAAAAAAUUGUCAGGUGACAUACAUGAGGAAGUGGAUACUCAUAAUCGGAUGCUCGACAGAAUGGGCAAUGAUAUGGAUUCUUCAAGAGGUGUUUUAUCUGGAACCAUGGAUAAGUUUAAGAUGGUAUUUGAGACAAAAUCAAGCCGAAGGAUGUUUACACUCGUGGCCUCGUUUGUGGUUCUUUUCCUGGUGGUUUACUAUCUCACUAGAUAAUAUGCACUGGUCUUAUUUAUGUUGUUCAAACUCUCCAAAAAUGCUACCACAACCAUGUUGGAUCCGCUAAAAAUGCACCACUUUGGUAGGAUCCAACACACAUUUUUGAAGAGUCCGAGCAACAUAGGUUUUAUGUGCAAAGUUACUGAGAUUCUGAUAUUAGCAUUACUGUCUCACUGUAAGAAUGUUCCGACGUGUGUAUCUGUGUCAAGAUGUUUAAAUACAACAGAUAGUUUUGAAGAUGUGGAUCUGUAUAA